UAUCAAGUGGCCCAAGCCCAUGUACGCGAUCCGGCGAGUGUGAUCUGCGGGGUAUAGAUUGGUGCCAUGCAGAUCAGCAAGCCCGGGCCAGGCCUUUGGUGGGAUCCAGACCUCAAGAUGCGGAGCUGUCCAAAGAGGAGCACGGUGCCUCCCAAUGAGGCGAGUGGGGUCAGCUCCUGCCCGGUGAACCUCUUCAGUCGGCCUGAGCUGAACUGCAGCUCAGAGCUGGUCCCAUGUCCGUUCGCGGCAGAUGCCUUUCAGGCGGGCAACACCGCCCGCUGCCGCAGCAGAAUGGUUGUGCCGGAGCCACUGGGUGAGGUGCCUGCAUGGGCGGCCGAUAGCUGCUUCAACACAAGGAGCAGAAGGCCCUCCUUCGGCUCCUACCGCGGCCGGGAGGCCUCCGGGUCGGUUUCUUCCUCGGCCUCCACAAGGACACCAUCCCCUGGCUUGGCGGGCGUCGAUCGGCACCGGUCCGAGGCGAGCUUUGCAAAAGACCUGAGGAUCCAGAGCUUGGAGGCGCGCGUCAAAGAGCUGGAAGCAGGACCAGAGACAGAGAGCGAAGCUUCGCAAGGCGAAGGCGAAGAUCUGGAAGGCGCCGUCAGCGCAGUACUUGCCAAGAGUGAGACGCUGCUCCGACGGAUGUCAGCCAUCGAUUACACCAAUGAGCCAGAGAUGCAGUGGGCAGCCAUGAUGUCUGCCUAUGAAGAGUCUAAGGAGAAGCUGUCGCGGAUUGAGAGUCUGGUCCAGCGGCGCAUCGGCCAGCUGAAACGUGGCGACCCAGAGCUCCGGCUGUGCCGCGAGGUGCGAGGCAUUUGCAUCUCUUCGCGGACACAGCCCCGGCGAUGGGCGAUCAGCGCCUGAAGUGCGCCUGUCAAUGAAGCAGAGGUGAUGGAUCGGCAUACGUCCGGCAUGACAAACGUCUUAUAGAUGCGUCUGAAACAGACAAGCGCCAACCGCCUGGGCAGUGGGGACAAGGCUGCUGCCUGGUUUGAGGCAGCAGGUGGCUCAUUUUUGUGUGUGUGUGUGUUUUGCUUGUCGGAGG